CUGAUAUUGAUGAACCUGGAGGGCUGAGAAGAGAAUUGUGGGAAUUUGUCCUCCUCUGAGACAAUACUAUGAAGCCUGCAAGACGGGGAAGAUGCAGGAGGCGAUGUCCCUCGGGUUCCUGGUGCUGUGGGUCGUUAUGGACACUUUGAACGUUGCUGGGACCUUUCUUGCAGACCAGCUCCCCCUGCAGAAAUAUUUCUCCAUUAACUGCAUUCUCUGUGAUUCCCUGCUGCUCGGCAUCUACUGCUAUUUCAGGCUUCGCAAAUGGAGGCCCAGAUCUCACACCCCCUUACAUACAGUCUGUGGAUUUGCCCUUCUGGGCUCUGUGGCCACUUUCUCUUUGCUUCAGGAGUCGGAACCCGCGGUGCAGAACCUCAGGGAAAUGAUACCCAGCCGGCGCCUACUCUCUGCUGAUGGGGAGGAGGACGGUUCCAUCAGGAUGAAGAUGGGUUACACCUUGGGGAUCAUCGUCUCGGGCAUGUGGAUCGUUUUUCGAAUUCCUCAGAUUGUCACCAACUUCAGGAGAAAAUCAGUGGAAGGUUUGGCCCUGGGGAUGUUCCUGCUCAUGAUGGUGGAAAACCUCUGCUUCGGGCUGAGUAUUGUGCUGAAGAGCCCGCGGCAAAGCCAGACGGAGGCCAGUAAAGCUCUGCAUCACUUGCCCUGGCUCAUAGCCUGCGUGGGCUCGGUGGGCUCCGACUGGGUCCUCAUGUACCAGUUUAUCCGGUACCGGCCAAGGGCCCAGUGUGAUGAAGAGGAGCCUCUUCUAUUGUCCUCCGUCUCCCUUUACGGCUGAGAAUGGGAAGAAUCACUGAGAAAACGUCUCGGGUUGGACUUUUAUUCAUUUCUAGACUGGGAGACGCCAUGUUUGUGGGCCCAGAGCUGCCAUAGGCCAAGGUGCCAUCUGGGCCUGAGAGGGUUAAUAGGAGCAGCGCCAGCAAAGGGCACAGAGCAGACUCACUUUAUUCCAAUUGCCCCAAAGCAGCUGUUCUGUGGCCUUAUGGGUCUGAUCAGCUCAGCGGUGUGUGGCCCUACAGGGACCAGCGGGGCCCGAGCCCGACAAUAUCCCUACUGGCAGAACAAAGAUUUUUAACAAACUCUGAAACUAUGAAAAUUUUAUUCAAAAAACAGUUUUAAAAGAAUUACACAGGAAUGAAUGGAUAUUGGGGAGUUGUAUCAGGAGUCAGAACCAGCAGUGCAGGGAAGGGAAAGGGACAGACACAGUGACAGUUACACAUAACUAUAAACCCAGUGAGAAUGAGGAAUGAAUGGAUAUUGGGGAGUUGUAUCAGGAGUCAGAACCAGCAGUGCAGGGAAGGGAAAGGGACAGACACAGUGACAGUUACACAUAACUAUAAACCCAGUGAGAAUGAGGAAUGAAUGGAUAUUGGGGAGUUGUAUCAGGAGUCAGAACCAGCAGUGCAGGGAAGGGAAAGGGACAGACACAGUGACAGUUACACAUAACUAUAAACCCAGUGAGAAUGAGGGAUGAAUGGAUAUUGGGGAGUUGUAUCAGGAGUCAGAACCAGCAGUGCAGGGAAGGGAAAGGGACAGACACAGUGACAGUUACACAUAACUAUAAACCCAGUGAGAAUGAGGAAUGAAUGGAUAUUGGGGAGUUGUAUCAGGAGUCAGAACCAGCAGUGCAGGGAAGGGAAAGGGACAGACACAGUGACAGUUACACAUAACUAUAAACCCAGUGAGAAUGAGGAAUGAAUGGAUAUUGGGGAGUUGUAUCAGGAGUCAGAACCAGCAGUGCAGGGAAGGGAAAGGGACAGACACAGUGACAGUUACACAUAACUAUAAACCCAGUGAGAAUGAGGAAUGAAUGGAUAUUGGGGAGUUGUAUCAGGAGUCAGAACCAGCAGUGCAGGGAAGGGAAAGGGACAGACACAGUGACAGUUACACAUAACUAUAAACCCAGUGAGAAUGAGGAAUGAAUGGGUAUUGGGGAGUUGUAUCAGGAGUCAGAACCAGCAGUGCAGGGAAGGGAAAGGGACAGACACAGUGACAGUUACACAUAACUAUAAACCCAGUGAGAAUGAGGAAUGAAUGGAUAUUGGGGAGUUGUAUCAGGAGUCAGAACCAGCAGUGCAGGGAAGGGAAAGGGACAGACACAGUGACAGUUACACAUAACUAUAAACCCAGUGAGAAUGAGGAAUGAAUGGGUAUUGGGGAGUUGUAUCAGGAGUCAGAACCAGCAGUGCAGGGAAGGGAAAGGGACAGACACAGUGACAGUUACACAUAACUAUAACAUCUUGGUGACUUAUAUCCUUAUAUUUUAUAACGGGGGUACAUUAUUUAGUAUAUAAUAGAUUCCCAGGCCGAGAGAGCAAUCAUUCUCUUUGAACUAAGGAGGUUCCAUUUUAUAGUGAGACAAACCCUACAAGAGCGACAAGAGCACAAAUAUUGGCCUUUGCCAGUCAGUUUCUAAGGUUUUAUUUGAAUAAACGGAGCAUUUUGUACA